AUGUCUGAAAAAGGCGCACUUCCAACCAGUGCAGGAGCGCAAGAGGCACGCCCAGCAUCAAUUUCGAUACCCCGCUACUUCCGCAAUGAUGCACCACUGGCAAGACGUGAUCCUCAUAAGCAACUCAUGGCGUCUCUAGACCGCCUCAUCAUCCAGUAUCCUCCCCAUCACGUUCCACCGGGUGGAGGCUUCUACUAUGGACCCAUUUCCGUGGCUUUCUUGUUCUACACUCUGCAUAACCUAUACCCUGACCUGAAGCUGGACGGCUACCCGCUGAACACAUGGUCAGCAGCGUAUAUCGAACAGGCACAAGCAAACAUCAAAAAAUUCCCGGCGCCAUCGCCGAGCAAGUGUGGUGUGUCUAACGACAUCAUGUCACUACUCGCCCUGUACGCUGUGACAGCAGGUGAUUCAGACACAGUGAAGGAUCUUUGCGAUCAUGCGGCCGUCAUGCUGGAGCCCGAGACUUCAAAUGAGUGGUUAUACGGCCGUGCUGGUUAUUUAUACCUGCUGAGAUUUGUUCGUGGAGCGUUCAAGGCGAAUAAGAAGGUGAUGGAGCUCAUCGAAGAUACAGCCGACGAAGUGAUUGAGAAUAUCAUGGCCAGUCCCCGUCCUUGGAAAUGGCAUGGCAAAGCCUACGUUGGUGCAGCUCAUGGAGCUAUUGGAAUCAUAACGCAGAUAGUGCUGACCGAACCAUCCUGGGCACCAAAGCUUGAGGCUGAAUUGGGUGCGCUCCUCAGCUACCAGUAUGAAAGUGGAAACUUCCCAUCGUCCCUUCCGCCGGGACGCGACAGACUGGUACAAUUCUGCCAUGGUGCACCCGGUGUGAUCACAUCUCUUGUGUCGAUUCGAUCUUAUUUCCCUGGACUUCACGAGCGCAUAGACAGGGUGAUAGCAAAGGCUAGGCAGUGCGUAUGGGAGCGCGGCCUGCUGACUAAGGAACCAUGCCUCUGUCACGGCAUCACCGGGAAUGCGCUUGCCUUGGAUGGGAAGCAAUUCGAACACUUCAUGACCUACACAACAGGCCAUGAAAUCAAGUCCAUGGCCAAAGACGGCAUGCUUGAGAAGUCUGACAAUCCUUCAGCACUAUGGUACGGCGAGGCUGGCCGUGCUUGGGGAUGGGCUCUCGCAGACAAACAACUGGAAAAACGGUUCCUAGGAUACAACGACAUUUGA